AUGCCACCUUUGACUCAAAUCGAUCGGAUGGUUGAUGGAGGGCACGGAGUCUCAUCUGCACCCGACAAAAACGACGGAUUACCCACUCAGCAUGCAUUCGAGGCCACAGCAUCAACACGUCAUCAAGCGUCGGCGGAAUUAACAAUCGCAAGUGAAGUUCCAGUGGUUGAGUGCCGGCGGGGAACUCGUAAUCGCACGACGACAAAGAUUUUCGUACCAACGCCUGGUACACGACCUCAGCGGCCUACAAAACGGCGUAUCCGACCCAAAAAAGUACAGCCACCAACAAAAUGGAGAGUAGCUUUCGUUAAGGACCGUGUAACCACUGCGAGUGGGAAAGUGCUAUAUCGUGUUCUAUGGAGAAGUAGGAAGUAUGGGCGACAUCCUCGAACCUGGGAGCCGCGGGAUAUGCUUUUGCAGGAUGGAUUUGGAGACGUACUUAAAGUUGUUGACAAAUGGGUGGAAGCUGGUCGAAAGGAAGAUUUUUUUCAAUUUGUUUCGGAGUUAUACCCUAGUGUUGCAGGCGCAAAUCCUACGGGUACCUGCUUAUUCCUUGCGUUGCAGCAAGCUCUGGGAAUGGUCGGCGAGCCUACCGGAGUUACAGAUGAACACAUUGAAGAAUUUCUUUCUCGGUCCAACAAACUGAACCAAGACUUAUCACGUGGCAUAUCGUGGCGAGUGUUCCGUGCUUUCGUUAUGCAAAUAUAUUUGGGCGGAUCACGCUUGUCAAUGGCCGAUAUCGAAUUUAACAGGCACCGUACCGGCCACCGUGGCAUUGAUGCUGUUAAGAAUUUGGAGCUAGAGGAUGGAAUUUACUUAGUCGCGGCAAGCAACACCAUGUCCGUCGGACAUGCUUUCGUCCUUCAAGUAUGCGGAUCUCGAAGGCUAGUUUACGACGACAAUACCAAGCGUACUUUGGUGUCGUACGGCGAGUGGAUCGACAGAGUGAUGCUGCGCAACCAGGAAACUCAGCUUAAUGCUGGACUCACUCACUUAUCGGAAUUGCCCAACUGGCUAUAA